AGCACGUGAGAAAAGCUUUUGGUCAAGUAAAAAUGGAUUUGAAAACGUAUCUGCUGAGCAUGAGUUUUAGUAAAUUAUUCAAAAUUUUCAAGUUUUCUGUCGUCUCAAAAACUUUUAGGCCUCUUCAUGGAGACUACAAGUCAAGUGUUUUCUUCAUUUUACUGACAAUUUAUUCAAUCAUUAUUUGCGGUUUUGCAGGAUUGAGAUGUAUUUAUACGUUCACAGACACCAAUGUUAAGUUAAUGGAAACGGUUUUUGCUGCGUUGAUUGUGCAAGGAUUCGGCCAGACAAUCGUGAAAAACUUAUGUGGGUUACCUUUUCAGAGAGAAUUUGAGUAUCUUGUCGAUUGGAUAGAGGAACUGAAUGCUAAAGUGGAGGACAAUGAAUUAAUUCGAGGAAUACUUGAAGAGGAACUAGCUAGAUCAAAGAAGUAUUCGUUGAUUUUCUUGGAGUGUGUCAGUCUCAUGUUCUUUAUAUGCGGUAUUUUAACUACAUAUAAUUGGCUUUCAAAUGAUUAUAUAUGCAUUAUCAUUCCGAAUCUACCAAGAGAUACUUAUCCUGUGAUAUACAAUAUCGUACAAUUGACUGGAUUAUAUAUAGCCGCAUUCUCAAUUAUAAUUUCCGAUUUAGCAAUUGUCUUUAUUGGAUUCUACCUAAUGGGCUUUAUGAUGUUCACAAACAAACUCAUUCAAUCUCAUACGGACAUCGAGAAUUUGCAAAAAUGUCCAGAUCUUCUGAUGCAUAUAAUGCAAAACCACUUGGAAAUCAUAAGAAUUCUUGGAAUUUUCAAUGAAGCUGUUAAAUUAACGUCUUUUCUGCAAUUGCUAUUUAGCACUUUUACUUUUCUGACACUGAUUUUCGGCAUUCAAAUGUUUAAAGGCGAAUUGAUAAUGUAUUUUGGCUUCGCUACUCUUAUGAUUCAGCUGGCAUUACUUUGUUUGUUUGGACAGAUGAUUCGUUCACAAACUGAAGAGAUUUUCAUCAAUCUUUACCUCACAAAUUGGUACGAAUUGAGUUUAAAGGAACAAAAGACUAUUCAAAUGAUGAUGAUAAAUUCUUGUGAGCCUAUUGGAUUAAAAGCUGCAGGAAUGUAUGAUAUUACAUUAAUGUCUCUCAUUCAGAUUCUCAAAUUAUCCGUAUCAUAUUCAGCAAUUAUCAUUGCUUUCACCAGGGACUGA